AGCAUAAAACGUAUGAAUCGGCCUCGUAGCUAGAAUUGGAUAUGUUGAUUAUAUAUAAGGCGCGUGGUAUUCCACGCUAGUCCUUAUAUCGCUAUAUGCUGUGCACGAAACGACACAUCGAGUUACCUGUGGGAUUUUUUUUUUUACCUAUAUCUCAGGUGUAUCUUUUGUACGGAAUUAGUUGAAUGCACGCAAAGCCAGCUUGGAACGCUAAUUACCCCGGUCUAGAUUUACAUACCAGUAAAGGGUUGUUUAAAAAUUUGCCACUAUCAUAUGCCGAAAUGAUAUUUAAUACAACAACAUAGAGAGGAGGAAAAAUUCGAGCCCUGCUGUUUAUUAACGGGAGUGAAAGCUAUUCAAAAGGAGGGACAAAAAUCAAAACAUGACGACGGCCGCAGUUCUUCCUGCCUUCCUGACCUUUGAUCCGGUUCUGUUGACCCUGGUUUGCACCGCCUGUGUGUUAUUAUAUUGGUACCUAAAAAAUACGUACUCUGUGUUUAACGAACUGAACGUGCCAGGUCCCACACCUAAAUGGGUGUUUGGAAAUAUUGGUGAAUUUAAAGACAAGUUUCCUCUGGAAGUGUUUAAAGAAUGGCGAAAAACGUACGGAAAUAUUUUUGGAUUUUUUGAAGGCUUUAAACCAAGUAUUGUUAUCACAGACCCAGAAAUGGCGAAACAGGUGUUGGUAAAACACUUCGACAAAUUCCAUGUUAGACCGAUCUACAAUCCGUUUGUUUACUAUCCGGAUGACCUAAGUCUUUUGAAUACAUAUGGUGAAACUUGGCGACGACAGAGGUCCGUGGUGGCGUCCGCAUUCAAGUCCGCCAACACAGCCCACAUAGUGAAAUGCUUGAAUCGAGCUGCAGAUAAGCUGAUGUUAAAGUUAGAUGAGAGUGCACGGCUAAACCACAACGGCUUUGACAUCACAAGCCUGGUAGAUCGGUUUUCUUUGGAAGCUUUUGCCAGUGCGGCUUUUAACUACAAAGGCAACAUUUUAGAUGACCCAAACGCCACGCUUUUUCGCUAUAUGAGGGCAUUCAACCAUUCCUCUUCUGCAGAUAAUCCUAUAGCCGGCCUAGCCAGAGUCUUUGAUAGUUUAACGCCCCUCCUGAAACCUUUUGACAAAGAACAUGCCAUGUUGCAUGUACAGCACGUGAAUGAAAUCAGAAAAUGCAUCAAGGAGGAAAGAGAAAGGCUAGCAAAUGAAGGCGUGGACUCGUCAGAAAGGAACCUGUUGCAUCACUUGAUGCUGGGUACGUUCCUAGAGAAGGCCGAGGACGGGAAAUGGCACCGGCGGGGCCUGUCGGACGAGGAGAUCGUGGCCCACAUCAACUCCCUGAUCGGUGGGGGACUGGGUACCCUCAACGCCUCCAUAGAGUUCGUCAUACACAUGCUGGCCGUCAACCCAGAGGCCCAGCAGAGAGUGUACCAAAACAUCAUGGACGUUUGCGGAAACGAGGAAAAUCCAAGCGACAAACAAUUGAAGGAGUUGGAGGAAUUGGACAAAUUUAUCCUAGAGACGCUUCGCCUCCUUCCAUGUGCACCAGGAUUAGCGCGCACGUGCACGGAGGACUGUGAAAUAAAUGGCGUCCCCUUCCGGAAGGGCUGGGUGGUCCGGAUCAUGCUCUGUACCGUCUACAGCGACGACUCCUUCUUCCCGAAACCCGAGGUGUUCGAUUCAGACAGAUUUACAACAGAAGAGAAGGAGAAGAGACACCCCUAUACAUUCCUACCGUACGGCCAAGGUCCUCGGAUGUGCCCUGGUUAUCACAUUGGAGUGUUCCAGACGAAAGCAGCAUUAGUGAAAAUCCUUAAGAAAUACGUUAUUGAGAGUUCUCCGCAAACAGUGGAUCCUCUUCCCGUUGCCCUAAGACCUAUGCUGUCGCCAAGAGAUGGCGUGUGUGUAAAACUGACAAAACGAACAUAGAAUCAGUGCCUACAAUAAAACUGGUUUCAAUUUAGACAAAACGACAUGUUCGUGCCAUGAAAAAAAAUGCACCGGGCAUGCGCAGACCAGAACUUCCGCCGGAAAUGGUAAUGGAACGCACCGGUCGAGAUCCUGACCAAUACUCACAACCUUACAGAAAUAUACUCCUUUCGUUUACGUGUUACAUCCAUUUAUUCACACAAUUCCGACGUACUGCCGUGUGUGAACUCAUCCAGCGUUGUGUGAUUUUAACGAUGACGACAGUUUGAGACGGACUCCGUGUGAUGACUGUGAAGAUGAAGUGAUAGUUUAUAAACGACAAUACAACGCCAAUUGUUCUCUCUGGAGACGAUGAAGAUUCAUGAUGACGUCAUUUGUGUUGACGUAACUAACAUAUGUGAGAUUAUUGUAUUGUAAAAAGAAACUACGAUGUCGUUUUUU